GUUCAUCUUGCCGGUGGUUUUUCUUGGUUGUUUUUACAUAUGUGAGUAUAAUGGGUUUGUAGAGAGAGGGAAAGGAUGUGGAGAAGGAAGAAGGAAGAAGUAGGUAUUGUUUAUUGUCCUCGAAAGAUUUAUUUACUUGUUCAAAUGCUCGGCAUAUUUGCUCAAGUGUUACGAGGGUAUUUCGAGGCGAGACGAACACUGUCAGUCGAAAGCUCUGCUGUUCAGAUGUAUCAAGGUUCCUUUUACGGGCCAUCCAUCUGUCUGGGUUCCUUUGCUGUCUUUCGACUUUCAUAUCUCUUGGUUUGGGGUGAAGGUGAAGGACAGUCUGUGUAUCGACCCCCUAACAAUCACCCUCGUCUCGAAGUUAGGUACUCUUCCUUCCAAGGAGCUUGGGCAACUAUGCCAACUUAGCAAGUACCUUCAGGGCUAUACAUGGGGUGCAAAUCCAGUCAUACCAGAACAUGGUGACGGUAGUGCUGUCCCUAUAUUACAUGUAUUCUAGCAAGACGUUG